UAAGACUCGAACCCCUCCGCGCCUUCGGCCCCCCGCCUCCCAACCCGCCGCUCUUUUACAAGUCUCUCGAUCUUAUUUCUCUUUUGGAGAAACCACUCGAUCUCAUUCGCCUCCCAACGGAAAUUCAAAUAACACAAGGAAAAGAAAAAAAAGCCAAUACAUCCUACAAAAAUGUCCUCCCCGCGCUUCUCCCCCACCACGACAACCGUCGUCUUCGUCCUCGGCGGGCCCGGCAGCGGCAAAGGCACGCAGUCUGCCAACCUCGUCCGCGACUACGGCUUCACGCACCUGUCGGCCGGAGACCUGCUCCGCGCCGAGCAAGUCCGCGAAGGGAGCCAGGCCGGCGAGCUCAUCCGCACCUACAUCCGCGAGGGCAAGAUUGUGCCCAUGGAGAUCACCGUCAAGCUGCUGUCCGACGCCAUGGCCGAGACCUUGGCCGCCGGCACGAACCCGGCCGCCAACGCAGGCAGCAAGCCCCGCUUCCUGGUGGACGGCUUCCCCCGCAAGCUGGACCAGGCCGUCUUCUUCGAGGACACGGUCUGCCCCUCCGAGAUGACCCUCUUCCUGGACUGCCCCGAGGAGGUGAUGGAGGCCCGCCUCCUCAAGCGUGGCGAGACCAGCGGUCGCGACGAUGACAACGCCGAGAGCAUCCGCAAGCGCUUCCGUACCUUUGUCGAAACGAGCAUGCCCGUCGUCGAGGCCUUCGAGGCCCAGGGUAAGGUGGUCUCCGUGAAAGCUACCGGCGAUGUCAAGGACGUCUAUGAGAGGAUUCGGGUGGGGCUCCGCGAGAAGGGCUUGAACCCCCUGUGAGUUCCGCCAGGAAAAUGGGCGAUGUGUCGCCGAGAUUCCAGGGCUUGUGGAGCAGUCGGUUGGGCGAUGAUACGUGUGUGGUCGGUUUAUAGUGUCAGCGUUUUGAAGUACAUACAUAUUCACAUCUAUAUACAUUGCCAAUAGUGUUGGAGAUUCAAUCUUGUUAUAGACAUGGUUGCGGGGCUGAUCUGCCUGAUUCUACAUCUUUGGAGUUUUCUGCCCCUGAUCUCCGCCGAGGACGCAUAAACCCCAGGAGAGGGAGGUCCCUCCGCCACUAGGGCUGACAUAUAACAAUAAAGGUCAUCUCACACAGUCGAUUCAUCCUCCAUGUUCU